AUGUUUGGCGGACGCAAGUUUUCCAUCAACCGCCAUACCGGCUGUCCCAAGCCGAUGCUGCGACGCUUCAGCAACGUCGAGCCUUCUGCCAACGGUGAGUCCUCUAUCUUCUCGACGUCCGAGUCGACGGCCCUCCUCUGCAGCGCGGGGCUCACUUCUUGGCCGAGUCGGCACCGUGGCCCCUCCCUGGCUCCCUCCUUGUCUCUGCUUCCCCUCCCCCCCUCCCCUCCUCCCCCCGCACCGCAUGUCACAACCCCUCCAGCUCGAGCGGCACGGCCGAGACACGACGCUGCCGAUAAAGACGCCGUCCACAUCCCGGCACGGCCCCAGGCGAGGCACGAAGCUGACGCAGCCUUGGAUGCAGAGAUCCAGUCCAAGAUUCAUCGCCAGUUCCGAAAUGCCCACGAAGGCCACAUGCCCCACGCGGGCCUCGAUGCGAGCCGAUCAUCGACGGGCGUCGUCUGGUGCACCGAGCGUGCGUCCGAGUACGGCUUCCUCAACGAGCCCGACAGCUGGGCGAACCUGGGCCAGGGUGCGCCCGAGGUCGAGGACGACAUCGAGGGCUGCUUCAAGCGACCCGACUCCAUCUCCAUCUCCCUGGCGGCGCGCGAGUACGCGCCGACGGCCGGCAUCCGACCGCUGCGGGAGGCCGUCGCCAAGCUCUACAACGAGAUGCACCGGAAGGGAAAGGAUAGCCUGUACACGUGGGAGAACGUGGCCAUCGUGCCCGGCGGCCGUGCCGGGCUGAUCCGCAUCGCCGCCGUCCUCGGCAACGCCUAUCUGAGCUUCUUCCUGCCCGACUACACGGCGUACAACGAGAUGCUGAGUCUCUUCAAGAACUUUGCCGCCAUUCCCGUGCCGCUUUCCGAGGAGGACGGCUACCACAUUCACCCCGACAAGAUCGCCGAGGAAAUCGCGCGAGGCACGUCGGUGAUCCUGACGUCCAACCCGCGGAACCCGACGGGUCGCGUCGUCGCCAACCCCGAGCUCGCCGAGAUCCAGGACAUUUGCCGUGGCCGAGCGACCUUUAUCAGCGACGAGUUCUACUCGGGCUACAACUACACGAGCAACUGCGACGGCACCACCAUCUCGGCGGCCGAGAAUGUCGACGACGUCGACGAGGACGACGUUCUCAUCAUCGACGGCCUCACCAAGCGCUUCCGCCUGCCCGGCUGGAGGAUCGCCUGGAUCCUCGGGCCCAAGGAGUACAUCAGCGCCAUCGGCUCCUGCGGAAGCUACCUCGACGGCGGUGCCUCGCACGCCUUCCAGGAGGCCUCGAUCCCCAUGCUCGACCCGACACUUGUGCAGACGGAGAUGGUUCAUCUGCAACGCCACUUCAGGGACAAGCGUGAUUACGUGGUGCGCCGUCUGCGCGAGAUGGGCUUCGUCAUCAAAUACGUGCCAGACUCGACAUUUUACCUGUACGUCACCGGCAUGCCACGUUCUCUCCGCGGCGGCACCGAACUGACGCUCGACAGCUGGCUCAACCUCGAGGGUCUACCCGACGCCAUCGCCGACGGCCUCAACUUUUUCCAGGCUUGCCUGGAAGAAAAGGUGAUUGUCGUGCCGGGCAUCUUCUUCGACCUCAAUCCCUCGCGCCGCCGUGAUCUGUUCGACAGCCCUUGCCACCACUUUGUGCGCUUCUCGUACGGUCCGAGAAUGGACGUUCUGCGCAUGGGACUCGACGGCAUCGAGCGCGUCGUCAACAAGUAG